AGAAAAUUGGGAAUUUUUAGAAAAUAGAUUAGGCGUAACAAAAAGAAUUUUUCAUUCAAAUUACUCUUCACUUCCAUUUGAUAUUAAUUUACAAGGUGGAGAAAUUAAUGAUGAUGACUUACUAACAGAAAAAAUAGCUUUAAAAUUAGCUUUAGAACGAGAACAAGCAAAACAAAAUCAACUAUUGAUAGUGAUGACUCUCAAGAAACUAAAGAACUUAAACAAAAAAAUAUUAGAAAAGGCAAACAAAAAGUAG